UGCGCUGUGUCCCUCAGACACAGCGGAUCACUGAUCUACGGAAAGAGCCAAAGAUGUCGGCUCAGUCAUGUGAUCAGCUGUGUCCAAUCACAGCUGAUCACAUCAGUGCCACCUGUCAGUGUCCAUCAGUGCCAGCUCUGUGCUCAUCCAUGCCACCUGCCAGUGCCCAUCAGUGCCACAUUUCAGUGCCCAUCAAUGCCACAUAUCAGUGCCCAUCUGAGCUGCCUUUCAGUGUCGCCAGUCAGUGCCAGUCAGUGCCACCUAUCAGUGCCAGUCAGUGCCGCCUAUCAGUGCCGCCUAACAGUGCCAGUCAGUGCUGCCUAUUAGUGCCAGUCAGUGCCACCUAUCAGUGCCAAAUAUGAGUGCUGCUUUCAGUGCCCAUCAGUGAUGCCUGUCAUUGCCCAUCAGUGCCACCUACCAGUGCCUCAUCAGUG